AUGUCGGGCGAUUCUCGACCUGAAUUGGUCAUUGCUGUUGAUUUUGGAAUGGCAUGUACAGGUGUGGCCUAUGCAAAUAUCGCUACUGGAGAGGAAACAGUUCGAUGGCUUCAAAAAUGGCCAGGAAGAUCAAAUGCGGUUGAGAAUAAGGUUUGUUUAUCCAUCUCACCAGAAUUUCGCCUGGUGAUUUAUACGCAAUGAUGUAUAAAUACUGAAAUUUCACGGUAGGUUCCCACCGUUCUCGUAUAUCCCAAAGACUCCUCUAUACCCUCUUCGUGGGGCUACCUUUCCGAAAAACCUGCGGAACAGAUGAGCGAGGAGAAGGAAUGUAAAGAGUGGUUCAAGACCUUUUUGGAUGAUGAUAGGUUGAGGUUAGCUCAAAGAGCUGCCCAGGGUUUUUCGGUGUGUCCGUCUUCUAUGGAAGAAGUUGAGCGAUUGUAAGUCAUUUCUUUGAAGAAAUUCGCAAUUAUUGGGCGUGUACUUAUAUUAAUCCAGAUACCGUGACUACUUCCGCUUUUUGUACUCCACAAUCCAGCAAAAACUCCAAGGCGAAUUGGCCAAUCGUUGGGAGCAUGCGAAUAUCGAAUUCAUUUUCAGUGUACCAACGACGUGGAAACUGGUUCCUACUGUUGAGCGUUUUAGGCGCACAAUUGAGAGGGCGGGGUUUGGAGCACAUCCGAAUCAUAAAGCUAUUAUUGGGUUGACGGAGGCUGAGGCUGCUGCUGUUCAUACAGCGAGGGUUUUUCCAAAAUUAUUCAAGGUACAUUUUUGAGGUGCUUUUGAUGAAGACUAGCUGACGAGGAUGUUUAGGAAAGAGAUGUGUUACUAGUUUGCGAUGUUGGAUGAGGAACUACAGUAAAUACCUCGAGAUCUUUGUGGUGAAAGCGCUGACUUCAGCUCCAGGAUUUAUGCGUCCUUCGCGUCACAGAUACUGGUGGGGUAGGUGCUCUCAGUCUUGAGCAGAUGGAUAUCGUUCAAGGUAUCUUCAAUCAUCCUUCACCCCUCCGGUUUCCCCGCUCACUAAUUAUUCUAGGUGCAACAAUCGGGUCCGUCCAACUAGACACAGCCUUCGAAACAACAGCGCGCUCAAGAUUAAUAAAAGCGAACCAGAUUCUCCCAAUGGGGAUCGAAGACAAAGAAUUAGAUGAUAUGGCUUGGGAAAUGGCGAAGAGCAAGGAGUAUCAGAAUGCGAAGUGUGAAUAUGGAUCCAGUGACGACGAUACAGAGUUCUUCACUGUGGCGAUUCCGAGGUUACCACGAGGAUAUGUCAAUGAGAGCGAGGGCAUCAAUUUUGGGGAAAUGAGGUUCAGGAGGUGAGACUACUUCGACCUUCUUUUCUGUCUAACUCUUAGUGUAAUGUUGCUGUGUUUAGGGGGAGAAAAGGUGCUGAAUCUGGUUUAGGGAUGAGAUAAGGAGCUAUUUCGAUGUCCAGGUAAGUUUUUGAAAUUAUUGUUUACAAGAAGUGAGCGAUUGGCUAAUUCUAGCUUGAAGGUUAUUAAACUAUUUGAUCUAAUCGAUAAACAACUCGGUCGUCUCGCAACAAAGUUUCCCCUAGAACAAGUGGUAUAUAUGAUCCUUCCAUAAUGCGUACAAUUUCCUAAUCACUGUUUUCUCUAGUCACAUCUCGUCCUCUCAGGCGGCCUAGGAAAUUCAGCAUACGUCCAAACCUGUCUUCGAGUGCGCUACACAAAUCCCACAUCUCCCGUUCCCAACGCGCGCCGUCUGCAGAUCCGCGUCGCACCUGAGCCUCAACUGGUGGUUUGCAAAGGUAUCGUGGCUGAUCGAAUGCAGAAGCUGAGAAGUGGGAGGAGUAUGUUGGGCUGGAGGGUUUCUAGAAGUAGUUAUGGGACGUUGUGUAAACUCUUAUACGACGAGAAUGAUCCAAGACACCAGGGAGUCACGACUAUGGUUGAUAGUUUGGAUGGGAAGACUUAUGUGAUGAAGAGCAUUAAUUGGUUUAUCAGACAGGUUUGUCUACUCCCAUCGCCGUCCCUCCGAAGAGAAAAUCAGCUCGUACCCAUUAAACAAGCUGGGGUCUCUCUUGGAAAGACGAGAGAUAAUCCGGAAUGGAAUGUGCUAAUAUGAUUCCAGGGCGAGCCUGUCUCCACCGACUACCCAAUCGUCAAAAGCUUCAUCAGAAAAUCCCCCCCAGCCACAAAAUUAGACCCAGACCCCCAUCGGAGUUUUCUGACGGGAAUAGUGACAUGUGAUUUGGAAAGGGACUUCCUGCCAUUGGUGAUGGAUUCCUGUCAGUCUAUAUUCUAUUCCUUGUCUUUCUAUGUCUUCUCGCUUAAUCCCCACAUAAAUAACUGAUGAGAAAACAGCAUGUCGAACUCUCUGUGAAAUCUCCUCGGAUCUCUCAUCCCUCCCUCUGAAUUCUUUCAAGCUUAAGAACAGACAUUGGUGGAAUAUGGGGAAGGAGAAAUAUCAUAGGAUAGAAUAUGUGAUUAAAGGUAUUCAUUUCCCCUGACCAUACCCGAUCCACUCACUGUUGCCCCCCAACAAUACCCAACAAACCCGCGCUAAGAAAUUUAAUCAGUCAACAUAGGACCAGCGGAUAUAUCCUUCGAAUUAUGGUACAACGGCCAAAAGAUCUCACAGGAGAAUUCCAUAUCAGUUGAGUGGAAAGAAUCUGCUCCGCCGAGGGAGGUUCCUCCACCGAAUAUAUUCGGGGUUUUGACGGGGAAUCAGUGCGUACCAUCUGUGGGUGGGGAGGGUAAAAGAAUUGGGACUCCUGUGCAGGGGAGUGAGGGGGGAAAUUAUUCUUGGAUUUGA